AUGGCAGUCGCAGCAGUCUUGCCCUCCGUCGAGGCAAACGCUCAAGAAACCAUCCGUGAGCUCUUCGAGUUCAUCGACAAGCAAGGCCAAGGCGAUUAUCUCGGUGAAAGAGUCUCCCAGCUUCAGCACUCGUUGCAAGCAGCCACAUUAGCUCAGCAGGCUGGUGCCGAUGAGGAAACCGUCCUCGGUGCCCUCCUCCACGACGUCGGCCGCUUCAUCCCAGCAGCCGACAAGAUGGCCUCCAUGUUCGCUGAAGAUGGAACCUACGUCGGCAAAGCGAGCCACGAGAUUCUUGGUGAAAGGUAUCUUCGUCAGCUGGGCUUCAGCGAGAAGAUCUGCCAGCUCGUGGGUGCUCACGUCAUGGCAAAGAGGUACCUCACUGCCGUUGAUAAGGGCUAUUAUGAUGGUUUGAGCGCAAACAGUAAGACGACGUUGAAGUAUCAGGGAGGCAUUUUCACGGACGAACAAGUCAAAGCAGCCCAGCAAGACCCUUGGCUGGAGAACAAGCUCGCCGUCCGACGAUGGGACGAUCUGGCGAAGAAUCCAAAGUUGAAAACGCCCGAGUUGCAAAGCUUCGCGGCGAGCGCCACGAAGUCUCUAAUUCAGUCUCGGUCCCAGAUCGAGCUUCAUGGACGACGGUACAAGGUUCCAACACGGCCGUCUGUAGUCGUCUGCGUGGAUGGCUUCGACCCAGAGUACCUACAGCAAGGAAUCUCGGACGGCAUCCUGCCCAACUUCGCAAAGUUCACAUCCAAUGGGUUCCAUGUAACAGCGAAGAGCUGCAUGCCCUCCUUCACCAACCCAAACAACGUUUCAAUCAUCACAGGCAGACCCCCAAGCUACCACGGCAUCGCAGGCAAUUUCUUCCUCGACCAGAAGACAGGCGAAGAGAAGAUGGUCCUGGACGAUAGUCUACUCAUAGGAUCUACGAUCCUUGAGAAGAUGUCGAAAUUCGGCGUUCGUAUCGCGGCGGUCACGGCAAAAGACAAACUACGCAAGAUCUUGCAACACGGCCUCAGUAAGAACGCGAUCUGCUUCUCAGCCGAGAAAGCAACCAGUUGCAACCAAGCGGAAAAUGGCAUCGCGGACGUGGAACAUUGGCUGGGAGCCAAACAGCCAUCUCAGUAUUCUGGAGAGCUAUCGAUGUACGUACUGGACGCCGGCAUCAGACUUCUGGAAGAAGACCGCGCGGACCUUUUCUACCUCACGCUGUCGGAUUACAUCCAGCACAAAUACGCCCCUGGCUCGAAAGAGUCGAACGAUUUCCUCUCUGCAUUGGACGCCAAGCUUGGCCGUUUGGUGGAGCUGGGUGCUCUUGUGGCGGUCACUGGCGAUCAUGGCAUGAGUGACAAGGGUAAUUCAGACGGCAGCCCGAAUGUUUUGUAUCUGGAAGAUGCGAUUGCCGAGAAAUGGGGCUCAGGACGAGCAAGGGUCAUCUGCCCGAUUACUGACCCCUUCGUUCGACACCACGGUGCUCUCGGGUCAUUCGUGAGGGUUCAUCUCUCGAAGAAGGACAAUUUGGAUGAUGUUCUGCAAUACUGCAAGUCUCUCCCUGGUGUCGAAGUUGCUCUCGAAGGCCGGGAGGCGGCAGAGAAGUACGAAAUGUAUCCGGACAGAGAAGGCGACAUCGUUGUGAUACCAUCUAAGAAUGUCGUUAUCGGAAGCCGCAAGGACGAACACGAUCUCUCGAAUCUCGGUGGGCGCCGUCUGAGGUCUCAUGGCGGGCUGUCAGAGCAAGACGUUCCACUCAUCCUUUCAGAGCCAGCAAAGAAAGCGGACCUCUCCAAGCAUUGGCGAAACUUUGAUGCAUUCGAUUUGGUGCUCAAUUAUUGA